AAUCACCUGUUAUAACCUCAAACUUGCAGCUGAUCAUUGUUAUUAAUUCAAAAAUAACUAUACGAACCGAAAUGUUUAAAAGUUCUAGACAAAUUAAUAUUAAAUUAUUAUUUAACAUUUGCAUGUUAAUGCAAAAACAACAAAAACCGCUGCUACGAACAAUUUUGACACAACUGCAAGGCAGUAGAGCAUCAUGCCGUCAUUAUACAACACAGCCAGCAUAUGUAAAGAUAUUCGAUAGAAAUGCAAAAAAACUACAAAAGGAGCGGGCUGCCAUAAAUCCAAAUGUAGAGCUUUAUGAUUAUUUAAAAGAGGAAGUUGGAUUUCGUUUAGCUGAUCGUAUAUUCGAUAUAAAACGAGAAAUCAAAUGCGCAGCUGACAUUGGUUGCAAUCGUGGUUUUCUGUCAAAGCACGUAUUGGCGGAGAGUGUAGGCCAUUUAACAUUAUGUGAUACAAGUCCGACAAUGCUAGCGCAAGCACAGGGAACACCGGGUUUAAAUAUGACAAAACUCGAAGUUGAUGAAGAGCAAUUGGAAUUUGAGGAAAGUUCAUUGGACUUAGUGAUAUCAAGCUUAAGUUUGCAUUGGGUAAAUGAUCUACCAGGCUGUUUUACAAAAGUUAUUAAAAGUUUAAAACCCGAUGGAGUAUUUAUAGGUUCUCUUUUUGGUGGUGAUACAUUAUAUGAGUUGCGUGGAGCAUUACAGUUAGCCGAAUUGGAACGACAAGGUGGCAUCGCUCCACAUAUAUCACCUUUCACACAAAUACGAGAUAUAGGAGCUUUAUUAAAUCGAGCUGGUUUUACCAUGCUUACAAUUGAUACAGAUGAAAUUGUUGUUGGAUAUCCAUCAAUGUAUGAGCUAAUGUGGGAUCUUAAAGGUAUGGCAGAAAAUAAUGCUGCUUUCAAUCGUCCUGCACAUAUAAGUAGAGACACUUUAAUGGCAGCUAGUGCAAUUUAUAAAGAACUGUAUGGAAAGGAUGAUGGUGUUGCGGCUACAUUUCAAAUAAUUUAUUUUGUUGGUUGGAAACCAGCCCCACAUCAACCGAAACCAUUACAACGCGGUAGCGGUGAAGUUUCAUUAAAAGACUUAGGAAAAAUAAUUGAAAGCGGUAGUACAAAGAUGAAAGAUAAAAUCGAUAAAAAAGAUACAAUAGAAACAAAGUAA